AGGGCGUCAUGGCAACGGUGCAUCGGUGGGAUUGUGUCUGUUUUUCUGACGUGAAGCUAAGAAGUCGUACUGUUGGUAGCGUAAGGUUGUGUAGUGUCUGAGUAUAAAUUUAAGGCUUAAAAUAAUAUAAUGUCGGAUAUAUUGUGCCGAUGGCUGAACCAGAAGCUCCAGCUGUCAAAGGCUGUUGAGCCAAAGUCCAUUGGCAAGGAUUUCUCCAGUGGUUACCUGUUUGGGGAGGUUUUGCAUAAAUAUCAGCUGCAAAGUGAUUUCUGUAUGUUUAUGAAGAAAGACACCUCCGUCUCCAAACGGAAUAAUUUUACUCGGCUUGAGCCAACUCUCCAAUUACUGGGAAUCUCCUUUGAUGUAAACACAGCCCAAGACCUGAUGCAAGAGAGGCAGGGUGUUGCCACACACCUCCUGUACCAACUCUAUGCCUCACUUGAGAAGAACAGGAAAGCUGAAAUAAGUGGGACAAUGAUGGAAGUCAUGCAGCCUGCAGCCUGUGCAAGCCUGCACAAAAAGGAGCAUCAGAUCUACUCUCAUAAAUUCCAGCAGUCUGUGGGGACCUAUCCGAUCGAGCAAAAGAGACAAGUUAAGGUCCAGAAUGAGAAACGACUAAGGAAUAUUGACAAGCUGCAGGCAUUUCAUCAGAGGCACAAAGGCAUGACUUUUAACCAGGUCACUAAUAUCCAGGUCCCCAAGCCACCUCCAUACACUUCACAGCUCAGCCUAAAGAAGAGACAGCAGCAGCAGAAGCGCAAAGAAUGGGAAGCACAGGUAGUCCAGACCGAAAUAGCCCAGUUUGAGACAAACAGGAAGAAAGCAGUUAGUGCUGGGUUAUCUUCAAGUUUUAGUGGUCAGUCUUUCCCUAUAGAUUUUCCCUUUGGUGGCAGCAGUCAGGGGUCUGAAGUCACUGGAAGUGGAACCAAGGUUAUGUUACAGUCCAACAGCAAAUAUAUACAAGAGAUCCGAAAGAGGCUGGAGGAGAAUGCUGUAGCCUGCAAGCAGAGAGAGAGAAGACAAGACCGAUUCCUGGUGGAGCAGCUCAAGGUCCAUGAAGCUCAGGAGGAGGCACGACGAGAGGAGCAACUGGUGAAGCGUCUGACACGUCAGACGCAGCAGGAGCAGCGUUUGGCAGCCCAGCUGCUUCAGAUACGUAUGCAGAAGGAGGUGAUCCGGGAGAACCGCCUGUUCAGAGAGCAGCAGUACCAGCAGCGAAGAGAGAGGGACUUCCAGGAAGCUCUGGACAGGGAGGCGGCUCUGGCUCAGCAGGCUAAGUUGGAUCGCCCAGAAGAGAUCAAAAAGGAGCUUGAAUUCUGUAAAAGGGCUGCUGCUGAGCGAGCUCAAAGGAAAUACAAGAAGCAUUUUGAGAGCUGCAAGGGCAUUUUGGAGCAGAUAGUGGACUUGGCAACCAAGGCUGGAGAAUAUCGGCUGCUCACUGGAACUCUGAUUCCAGAGAAGCUGAUGAGAGAGUGGAAGGAAUUGCUGUUCAGCGACCUUCCUCUCUAUGAGCCGAUAAAGGACCGCCAGCCAGGGUUUGAGUUCUCUACCCCACUAGACUCUGUAGAGCUUCAGAAGCAGGAGAUACUCAACAACCAGGACUAUGAUGAAUACACUAAUAUGGUGGGUGAGUGGGAAUUUCCAGAGGAAGCUGAGGAAGUGAAAUUACCAGUGACCAACAAUAUUCUUGGACACAUUGUCCAGCGACUGAGGAACAUUGUUGAUCCACCCAUCAGUGAACCAUCAUUCCCUCUGUUUUCACACUUUACCCUUAAGGCCUGUGUCCUUGGCAAGUUUUGCUCUGGCAAGACCACCUGCCUGUCCAAGAUUGCUGAAGCACAUGGCAUCUGUAUCUUAUCGACUGAAACUUUGAUUGAGGAGGCGCUGAAUGCUUACAAGAAUGGAGAGAAAAUUAUAGAGGAGCAAAGGGACAAAGACAAUGAGCAGCUCGUCACAAAUGACACAUCAGUGAAAUCUGGUCUUGAAAAUCAAGAAGGUAGAGAUGGUAAUGCAACACUUUCUAAAAGAGCCAUACAAGGAGCCGCUGUGGAAAAAGAGCUGAGGAAAGGGAAUGCGGUCCCUAAUGAGCUGUUAGUGGACAUUAUAGUAGAGACAAUCAGUCAGCUUCCAGCUCAGUCAGGUUGGGUCCUGGAUGGAUUCCCAUUUGACAUUACUCAGGCCCAUCUGCUAGAGAAAGCCCUAGGUGGGGCUGUGGAUGUAGAAAAUAAAGUUCUAAACAGCAGGAAGAACCUUGCUAAAGAUCCCAAUCCACCCAAACCUCCACCACCCCCUGCACCUGUGCUGGACCUGGCUCUAUUGCUGGAUAUUCCUGAUGAGUGUGCAGUCAGUCGUGGAUACACUCAGAUGGAUACAGAUAAUGAUGCUACAACCUCCCAGCAUCCAGACAAGAAUGUGUAUCUGGCACAGAUUGCACAAAGGAUCAUAGCUUUUCAGGAUACCUGGCCAAAACUAGAGAAAUGGUUUGGUGAAAAGCAAAACAUUUUGGUCCGUGUUGAUGCAGAUGUAGACAGCGAGGAGCUUUAUAGCAGGGUGGAGUCUAUCCUGCAGCAAGCUAUGUUGAAAACACAGGGAGCUUUUCCCAGUCCUCGUGUUGAAGAUGCUGUGCUAGACAGUGCAAAAGCUCCAGAGUUGUCCUCUUCAAGUACACCUUCAGCUGUAGACCACCCUGCAGCCCCCACUGAAGAAACUCUUAACCCCACAGAGUCCAGUUCCAGCCUUAAGGAUGAAAAGGCCGAAAGUCUUAGAGGGCACUCUAGGAACGCCUCAGUGUCCAGUGUUAAGUCUACCUCUUUGUCCCCCCAGUCAUCUGUCCAGCUGUAUGUGGAUGAACCACUUCCUCCGGAGAUCCCAGAGUACCUGUGCUCAUAUUGGGACACAGUGUGCAAUUCUUAUGUAAAUGGCGUAAAGGCAGUGAUGCAAGAGCUGCGCUCGCAGCGCUCUCUUAUCAACCAUCACCUGUUUAACAUCAGAGAGGGUUACAAACAUUAUUUGUGGCGCCCAGACUUGAAGCAAGAGUUAGUGUCUCAGUGGCAAAAGGACUUCAACAGCAUACCUGAUGACAUGAGAAAAGAUGAGGAUAUCAAAGCAGAGCUACACCUGAGAUUGGAUGAACUGUGUGAACGUUUGUGGGACAUUGUUGACAAGCGUAAGGAGGAGGAUGAGCAAGAGAGGGCUUCUCUCAUGAGUAAUGGUUGGUUGGAGGAGCACACUGUUGUCCUCAUCAACCACCACUCUACACUAAUGCAGGUGGAGUUGAACCGUUUCCAGGAGACGCUCUGUAUUCUCAGGAUCUACUAUUUGAGCAUGUCUGGAAAGAUGCUUCCUAAACCACUCUCAACAUUUGUCUAUAUCCCCUUAAUGGAAAACCGAGAAAUUAAGAUUCAGGAUGAAAGUAGUGACCCAUUGGGAUCAAGUUUGUGCAAUCUGGAUGAUGGCGCGGACAAGAAGAUAUUUUUUACUCCCCUCACCGGACGUACUCACACCUCUGGAAGGGUCUCCAAGACGAAAGGCCACAAACAGCCAGAACCUGUUAAUCCACCACAUGAGAAGCUGAUAUCUGACCAUGAGGAGGCACUCACGGCUAUCAGCAAUUUGGUGUCAGUAGAAGCACAUGGGUGGGAGACAAAGGGGCAGAAGGAGAAACUACCAGAGAAAGAAGAGGAGCAGGCCUCCACAAGUGCAAAUAAAAGGAACAAACAAAAGCAGUCAUCCACAAAAGAUCAGUCAUCCCCACGACAGACACCCAUCCUGGCAGCAGCUGAGGAGACAGACUCAGAGAAGGCUCAUGAACAUAAAGUUAGAGAAAAAAUACAUGAAGAAUAUUCAGCUGCCCUGAAUUAUGAGGAGAAUGCAGUAAAGGUGUGCAUUGCACUGGUGAAAGCUCAUGGUCUGGUGAUGGUACAGUCUCUGCAAAGCAGAGCAGAGGAGAUCUCUGCCAAUAUGGAAAAGUGGCAACAAGAUCGCUAUCUUGCAGAAAUGAGGAGUAUUGACCAAUUAGCAGAAGUGGUUCACCACCACAUAGCUGCUGGUACUAAGCUGCAGAAUGAGCUGGUGUUGGAAUGUUCUGGCUUCUAUCUGAAUGGAGACUGCCGCAUGGUUGCUAGCCCCGUUCCUCUUCCCCGUCCACCUCCUUUGGAGAAACCCGUGAGGUCCACCCCAACUGUAGCUCAGCUGGAGUCACUGUACCAGCAGCUAUACUACAUUUCUCCAUCAGGCUUCAUGUCCACUUCUGAGUUCUUCAGUUUGCUCAAAGAUAUCAUCACUACUAAGAUGGGCAGAGACAGCUUGCCUGAGCCCUGGAUGGACAGAAAUGAAUCACAGUUGAUGGAGAUUGUAUCUUUGUUAACGGACGGCUGUGAGCUGGUAGACUGGCGUUGGUUUCUGCUCAGUGCUGCUCUCCCUUGGCCAUUUCCCUCGUUAACGCAGCUGCUGGAUGUGCUACAACGUUUCAAGGAAGCAGAUACUGGUGACACAGGCCAUAUAAAUGAGGAACAGUACCUAAAGACAGAGUUGUGGUUUUCCACUGAGAGUGUCCAAACUAUUCCUGAGGACCCCUCUGAGCCGGUACCUUAUGACCGUCUGGCCAACCUUCACAAGUUCUUUUUCCAGUUGUUUGCAGACCACUCCUUCUCUCCCUCUCGACUGGAUUAUGUGUCCAUGCUGCAGUACUUUGCAGCCGACCCCAACCCCACACAGGGUUUCAUCCGAGCACUUAGUGUGGUGCUGGGUCAACAGCUCAAGCGUUCUUCACUGGGCUAUCUUGUCAAAUCUAUGCCCGCCAUAGAAGAGAACACAGAUCUCACCUCCUCUGAACUUGAUGGAGUUUACAAGGAAGAGACUCUUUGUGCAUCAAGCAUUUUUGGGGAGGAGCAGGAAGUGUCAAUCCCUGUUCUCCUUUCUGUCAUCUGCCACAAAAUCACCAAGAUGAAAGACAAAAGCCACGUUUUCUCCUGUGGCCCGAGUCAGGAGGAGCACACUGAGAACCUGGUGCAAAUUUUCAGAGAGCUGGGAUACGAUCCUGAGGACCACGUCCCCUUUUCUAUUCUCUCUCAGCAUCCAUCCAUUCAGUUGCUGAUGGAGACUUGUACACACCACCGACUUGUGAACAUUCAUAGAGUGUUACUGGACAAUCAGAACAGUUCUACAGUUCUAUAAAGGAUAAGUUACAGUGCUUCAUGGGACACACUCCAGUCCACACUAUGAAGAACUCUUAUUUGGGAAAUGCAAAUUUUGAUGCAUUGGCUAUUUUAAAGCAUUCUCAUUACUUUGAUGUUUAAAAAUGUUAUGUUAACUUGAAUAAAAAGAUGCAUUCAUACACUGGUGUAGUAUUUGGAAAUGAGUAUAAUUGAAGAAUGACUGACUACAUAUUUAGGAUGAGAAUGAUGACAUCUGGUGGCAGGAUUGACCCCCACUAAUGUUUUUUUCCUGUGAUACACUCCAGCGGUUUUUAUGACUAAUGAACUCUGACACAGAAAAGCACAGGUUGGGGUUACAGUGAGUGCUUUGUCCAGGAUAACCUUGUCAUUCACUGCCUGACUGCACUGC